UGCAGAGAAGAUAAGCUCCCACACCUCCAGCUCCAGAUCCAGAAUCCCUAAACCAGCAGCUCAAGCUCACUCUCGUUCUUCUCUGCCGCCAGCGUGCUCCUCUCUGCCGCCCAACGCCUCCAGCAGCCACCCCGCACCUCCAGCAACACAGUCGCUUUCAGCAAUAUGUCAGACGACACUGGAACUCAUUUGUACACUCCACAAGUUGUAGAACAAAAAAAGCCAAAUGUUAAACAAGAAUUUCAAACAAUUGAAGAGGCUUUUCAAUUUUACAAUGCAUAUGCAAGAGAAUGUGGAUUUAGUGCAAGAAUGAGUACUAGUAAGAGAAAAAAAGGAACAAAUGAGCUAAUAUGGAAACAGUUUGUGUGUUUUAAGGAAGGAGAGACAAAUGAACAUUAUCAGAAGAAAGAAAAACAUACAGUUCAAAGAUCUGGUGAAAGGAAUCGAGGAUUAGUUCGAGUUGGCUGCAAAGCUAAGAUGACAGUGGUUAAGAGUCAAACAGGACCAAAUUGGAUUGUUAGUCAAUUUGUAGAAGAGCAUAACCAUGCACUUGCUAGUCCAAGCAAGAUACAUUUGUUAAGAUCUCAUAGAGUUGUAUCAGCUGCAAAAAGAGGUUUGAGCCAACAGUUAUCAGAAGCAAAUAUUCCAAUGUGUCAACAAAUAAGGGUGCUAGAAAUAGAAGCUGGUGGUCCUCAAAAUAUCGGAUGUGUUGAGAAAGAUAUAAGGACCUAUGGACAGAGGGUGAGAGAUGAACAAAAAGAUAAUGAUGCAGAAUUGUUAAUUGAAUUUUUUUCUUCUGAGGAAGAAAAAAAUCCAACCUUUUACUUUAAGUAUGAACUUGAUGAAGAAAGCAGGCUUGUUAGAUGCUUCUGGGCAGAUCCUUUUGCAAGGAGAUCGUAUCAUUUCUUUGGUGAUGUAGUAGUGUUUGACACAACUUACAACACGAAUAAAUACGAUAUGAUAUUUGCUCCAUUGGCAAGAGUAAACCAUCAUGGUCAGACUGUUAUUUUUGGAUGUGCUUUGUUGAGUGGUGAAACAACCGAAUCUUUUAUUUGGUUAUUCAAUCAAUUGUUGGAUGCAAUGCCGAGGGGUGCACCUCAGGUGAUUAUUACGGAUCAAGAUCCUGCAAUGACGAAGGCCAUUGCUCAAGUUCUUCCAUCAACUUGUCAUCGAUACUGUAUCUGGCAUAUUUUGAAUAAAUUUGCGGAGAAGAUAAAUACAAUGGUUUAUCGGGAUAACUAUCAUUGGUUCAAAAAUAUAAUUUGUAACUCGGAGACUAUUGAAGAGUUUGAGACUAGUUGGGCUGAGUUGUUGAAGAAUAGUAAUUUGGGAGAUAAUACAUGGUUGCGCCAAAUGUAUGAAAUCCGCAACAAGUGGGUUCCUGUUUAUUUUAAUCAUAUAUUCAAUGCAGGAAUGUUGAGCAGUCAAAGAGCAGAAAAUUCACAUGCAUUUUUCAAAAGGUACAUCUCAAACAAAAAUUCAUUGAUGGACUUUAUUGUACGUUUUAAUAGAACUAUUAAUCAUCAAAGACAUGAUGAGUUAGUUGCAGAUCAUAUUGAUGUGAAUGAGCAACCAAAGUUGAAAACUAUGUGCCCAAUGGAGACUCAAAUGGUGAAAAUUUACACAAAGAGAAAUUUUAUAAUUUUUCAAGGUGAGUUAUUUGAAAGUUCUGCGUAUUUCUUAAGUUGCACGUUUGAGGAUGAUGAGUCUAUGUUUUAUAGUGUACGGAAGGCUAGUAGAAGUUGCUCAUCAAGGAAUAGACAGCUUAAAUAUAAUAAACUUUCAGAUUCUGUGUCAUGCAGUUGUAGGCUAUUUAACUUUAAUGGAAUUCCAUGUAGACAUAUAUUAGCCUACUUUCGAAUUAAACAAGUCAUGUUUUUGCCAAGCGAAUACAUUCUUAGGAGAUGGACAAAAAGUGCAAAAAUUGGUGAAGUGUGGGAUAACAAUGGUCAAGAAAUGAAAGACCAUGACGAUAUGUCAUUGGUGACUAGGCAUGCAAGUUUAUCUCGAGCUUGUUCUAAUUUAAUUGAUGAUGCAUCUCUUACAGUUGAGGGUACCAAAUUUAUUUUAAAUGAGAUUGAAUUGCUACGUGGUAAAAUUAAAAAAAUGAAUGGUGAUGGAAUGACAAUGCCAGAAACAACUAGCAAAAGAAGUACAAAAGAGCUUCCAAGUAUUAAUAAUCCGUCACAUGUACGAUCAAAAGGAUGUGGGAAAAGAUUUAAAAAUCCAAAAGAGAUGUUAGUUUCAAAAUCACGCCUUUGUCGAGAAUGUGGACUUCGUGGACAGCAACACAAUAAGAGGAAUUGUCCUCGGUUGCAAGAAAGAUCUACAAUGAAUGACCAAGACAUCAAUUCCAAUUCGGCAAGUGAAGAUGAUGACUUAACUUCUCAUGCUGGAUCAAAUUUACAUGGUGCAAAAAGAUCAUAAUUGUCAUAUCGUGGAAGCUGUGUGACCAUGAAGAUUGAUAGGAGAUUAUGAAUAUUAAUAUGAAUUUGAAAGCUGGUUGUAUGAAAACUAUGUGUAAUGUAUGAGAACUAUGUGUAAUUUGGUCACUUUGAUUAUUUAAACAUAUGCUGGUUUUUGGACCUAUGUGUAAUGUGUCACAUUUUGUAGUUUUUAAAGCAACUUCUGUAGAAUUAUUCAUAUUCAAAUUAUAAUUAUAUUUUUAUU